UUAUUUUCGUGCUAUCACUAAACACCCUCUUCUUAUCUUCGUUAUUUGUUUGUCUUUUAUUUCAAUUAAUGUGAUAACAGUCUGAUUAGACACAUCGCGUGAAGCUCAACAAGAAGCUCUUCAUUCCAGUGUCCAAGUAUGAAAUGUAAGGCGUGUAAUUUUCUGUGAAGUUGACUUGAAUCCUUGAACUUAUUCCCUGCACUUCAUGCACUCUCUUUGCAGUAAAUUAACUCUUAAAUUGUCUUUGAUUCUGGUGUGACCUGUAAUUUUCUUUAUUCCAUAAGUACGAUGUCUCAAAGUAAUUUGCGUGUUUUAUCAAUUCAAAGUCAUGUCGUUUCUGGAUAUGUUGGAAACAAAAGCGCAACUUUCCCGCUUCAGUUGUUGGGUUUUGAGGUUGAUCCCCUGAACUCUGUCAGCUUCUCAAAUCAUUCUGGUUACAAAGUCAUCAGGAAGGGACAAAUUUUAAAAGAAUCCGAUUUAGACGAAAUUAUCUCAGGACUCAAAGCAAACGGCCUAGAUUUUUAUACUCAUGUACUGACUGGAUACAUUUUUAGUUCCUCGUUUUUAACAAGGAUUGCAGAUCUCAUCGGUCACCUAAGAAAGGUUAACCCUAACCUGGUUUAUGUUUGCGAUCCGGUGAUGGGAGAUAACGGUAGAAUGUACGUUCCCGAGGAGCUGAAAGAUAUUUAUAGGACCCUAAUCGUGCCCAUUGCCGACAUCGUAACUCCCAACAGCUUCGAGGCGCAGCUGCUGACAGGUCAGCCGGUGGAGACGAGACAGGACCUUUAUUCCGUCGUCGGUAAACUUCACGAGCUUGGAGUCAAAACGGUGGUUGUUUCGUCGACCGAAGAUGCCGCCGACAACCUCAUCAUUUAUGGCAGCUCCAAAGCAGACGGAGCCGGGGCUCGAACCACGACGGCCGAAAUCAAUAUCCCCAAGAUCAGCGGGCACUUCACGGGGACCGGAGACCUCUUCGCGGCGUUGUUCUUAGCCUGGUUCCACAGGUCCGAUCUCCCGACGGCCCUCGAGAAAGCAACGUCCACCGUCCAGGCUGUCUUGAAAAGGACCAACGAGUAUGUUGAAUCAUUGGGUGGAGGCGAGGGCUCCAAGCAUGAUAGAGAACUGAAAAUCAUACAGAGCAAAGCAGAUAUCGAGAAUCCUGAAGUUGUUCACAAAGCCGCAGUGAAGAUCGUGUGAAAAUAAGUGUCAACGCGCCCGCUUUACCAACCGACCAAACCUGUAAUCCGCGUCUUCCAUGGACAAUAAUAUAUAAUUAUUAUUGAUGUACUGAUGCUAGAGUUAAGAGUUAAAUACUUUUUUGUUGGCCGCGUCUUGUAUUUUAUAGAUCACGUGAUAACUUUGAGGUAGAGAUUGUAACUUUCACUGUCUUUGGUGAUUUUCUUAAUAAAUAAGACUUGUAGAAAUGCAUGCUGAGGAACAUGAGGGGUUUGGCGGAAAAGACGUAUGAGUACAGAUUUUGCCAUUUUGAGAAACUCGUGCUUAAAGUUUUAAAACUUCAUGGAGCCUUACCGUAGAAAGAUAGUUGAAACUCAUUUUUCGAUUCUUGAAAGUUGGAUUAUAGCAGUAUACAUUUCACAGAAUAUAUUUUGAGAAUACUUUUAGUUCAAAUCUUAUCAUCUCAAUUUUUCAAAAA